AUGGCUAAUACUUGUUUGAAAUCUGAAGAUGAGGAAGAUGAAGACAUGGAAGUUGAGGAAGAAUCCAAGCAAAAACAAGACAGUGACCCCUUUGCUAAUCUUAGCAAGAAAGAAAAAAAGAAAAUGAAAAAGCAGUUGGAAUAUGAACGUCAGGUGACAUCUAUGAAAGCCGCACUUGCAGCAGAAGAAGAUUUCUCUGUCUCGCAGGCAGAACAGUCCUCACGGCAGGCUAUGCUAGAAAAUGCAUCAGAUAUCAAGCUGGAAAGGUUCAGUAUUUCUGCGCAUGGAAAGGAGCUGUUUGUAAAUGCUGAUCUCUUAAUCGUUGCAGGAAGACGAUAUGGUUUGGUAGGACCCAACGGCAAAGGCAAAACCACUCUGCUGAAACACAUUGCAAACCGAGCUUUGAAUAUUCCUCCAAACAUAGAUGUGCUGCUGUGUGAGCAAGAGGUCGUUGCUGAUGACACACCAGCAGUUCAGGCAGUUCUAAAAGCAGAUACCAAGAGGAUAAAACUGCUGGACGAAGAGAAGAGACUACAAGCACGGUUAAAUAAAGGUGAUGACAGUGUGGGUGAAAGGCUUGAAAAGGUGUAUGAAGAGCUUCGUGCUAUUGGUGCAGAAGCUGCUGAAGCAAAGGCACGCCGCAUUUUAGCUGGUCUGGGAUUCACUCCUGAGAUGCAAAUUCGUCCAACCAAGAAAUUCUCUGGAGGCUGGAGGAUGAGAGUGUCUCUUGCUAGGGCCCUCUUCAUGGAGCCAACGUUACUGAUGUUAGAUGAGCCUACUAAUCACCUGGACUUGAACGCUGUCAUUUGGCUGAACAACUAUUUGCAAGGUUGGAAAAAAACUCUGCUGAUUGUGUCUCAUGACCAGAGUUUCCUGGAUGAUGUGUGUACAGAUAUCGUUCACCUAGACAACCAGAAACUCUACUACUAUAGAGGCAAUUACAUGACAUUUAAGAAAAUGUAUCAGCAGAAGCAGAAGGAGCUACAGAAGCAGUAUGAAAAGCAGGAGAAGAAACUAAAGGAGCUCAAAGCAGGCGGCAAGUCAACAAAGCAGGCUGAAAAACAGACAAAGGAUGCAUUCACCAGAAAACAGCAAAAGGGUCUAAAGAACAAGAAAGAUGAAGAUGGACCAGUUGCCCAAGAGUUGAUAAAACGACCAAAAGAAUAUACAGUCAAAUUUACAUUCCCAAACCCACCACCUCUGAGUCCACCAAUUCUGGGCUUGCAUGGUGUAGAUUUUGGUUAUUCAGGACAUCCUCCGCUGUUCAAAAAUGUUGAUUUUGGUAUUGACAUGGAGUCAAGAAUUUGUAUAGUUGGACCUAAUGGAGUGGGAAAGAGUACUCUCUUAUUGCUUCUUACUGGCAAAUUAACACCGACACAAGGAGAAAUGAGAAAGAAUCAUCGUCUGAAAGUGGGAUUUUUUAACCAGCAGUAUGCUGACCAGCUAAACAUGGAAGAGAGCGCAACUGAAUACCUGAUGAGGAACUUCAAUCUACCCUAUCAGGACAGUCGGAAAUGCUUGGGACGCUUUGGAUUGGAAAGCCAUGCACACACUAUCCAAAUCAGCAAACUGUCAGGUGGCCAGAAGGCACGUGUUGUGUUUGCUGAGCUUGCAUGUAGACAACCAGAUGUGCUUAUUUUGGAUGAGCCCACAAACAACCUUGACAUUGAAUCAAUUGAUGCCUUAGGAGAUGCUAUUAAUGAGUACAAAGGAGCUGUACUGAUUGUGAGCCAUGAUGCCAGAUUGAUCACAGAAACAAACUGCCAGCUUUGGGUGGUAGAAGAACAGAGUGCCAAUCAAAUUGAUGGGGACUUUGAAGACUAUAAACGGGAAGUCCUUGAAGCUUUGGGUGAGGUGAUGGUGCACAAACAAAAGGACUGAUCUGCUUUGAACUAAGACCCCAUACCUAGUAGAGCUGGCACAGCAUACAUGGCUGCUGACAAUAAUAAUGACAUCAAUGGUGCCUGAAACUAGAGAUGAAUAAGGAGAGAGGUGCAGUGGGACAAAGCCAAAAUCAUCUGCAAAAUAAGCAUUUGAAGAUUUGCAUUUAAGAAGAUUGUGUGGCACUUUUAAUAACACACUUCAUUCUGGACUGAAUAAAUUUCUUCAUUCUGGACUGAAUAAAUUUAGUUCAGGAUUCUACAGGAUAAUGAACAAGACUAUACAUUGCUGGAUGGGAAUAAUUUCUUUUCAUUCUGGACUGAAUAAAUUUAGUUCAGGAUUCUACAGGAUAAUGAACAAGACUAUACAUUGCUGGAUGAGGAUCAUUUCUUUUCAUUCUGGACUGAAUAAAUUUAGUUCAGGAUUCUACAGAAUAAUGAACAAGACUAUACAUUGCUGGAUGGGAAUAAUUUCUUAUUGUAUUCUGUAUUUAUAUUUGGCCAGAAUUGCAACACACCAGAAAAGUUUUUAAUGUCCAGUUUAUAAACUUUCUGCAUCAUGACAAAAAUAUAUUAUUUUUUGGUUUGAAAUA